AUGUCUGUCAACGAUUCGAAAGCGGCAAUUCGUGUCAAAUCUGAAAACAAUUAUGGAUUUACGUUAAAAAGCCUAGUCGCUGGCGGAGUAGCUGGUAUGUGUUCAAAAACAACAGUAGCUCCAUUAGAUAGGAUAAAAAUAUUAUUACAAGCUCACAAUGAACACUAUAAACAUUUGGGUGUUAUUUCUGGACUGAGAGAGGUCAUCCACCGUGAGCAAUUUUUGGCACUCUACAAGGGAAACUCUGCUCAAAUGAUUAGAAUCUUUCCAUAUGCUGCAACACAAUUUACCACAUUUGAAUUGUAUAAAAAGUAUUUAGGAGGCUUAUUUGGAAAAUACACGCAUAUACAUAAAUUUUUCGCUGGGUCUGCUGCUGGUGUUACAGCAGUCACAUUAACAUAUCCACUAGAUACCAUUAGAGCCAGGCUUGCUUUUCAAGUCACUGGGGAACACGUGUACACAGGAAUUUUGCAUGCGGGUAUUACAAUUGUUAAAGAGGAAGGUGGUAUUCGAGCAUUGUACAAGGGAUUUUUGCCAACUAUUUUAGGCAUGAUACCAUAUGCUGGGUUUUCCUUUUAUUCAUUCGAACGACUUAAAUACUUAUGCAUGAAAUAUGCUCCAAACCAUCUUUCUAAAAAGUGUGAUAAAAAUACGGGUGGAUUAAGUUUAACUAUACCAGCAAGGUUAUUGUGCGGAGGUAUAGCGGGUGCAGUUGCUCAAACUUUUUCUUAUCCUUUAGAUGUAACUAGGAGACGUAUGCAAUUGGCUAUGAUGAAUCCUACUACAUAUAAGUAUAGUGUUAGUAUGUUACAUACUAUAAGAAUGAUAUACCUAGAAAACGGUAUUGUAAAAGGUCUUUAUCGUGGGAUGAGCAUCAAUUAUUUGCGCGCUGUUCCUAUGGUGUCAGUUAGUUUUACAACAUAUGAAGUCAUGAAACAAAUUCUCAACUUAGACACCGGAGUAAAACUGUAAUUUCCUUUACAUUCG